AUGACAAGUUUUAUAGUUUUGAAAGGUCUUCAACGUUUCGAAUCAACUAGUUACCGCAUAAAUAAAGUCUUGAGUUUCUGUUGUCCUACAAACUUCUAUUUUAAUACUAAAGAGAGAACUCAGUUAUUAGUCGAAUGA